AUGUUACUAAUGCUUCCAUCCUUGUUGCGGGCGUCAACGGCGCCAACCGCCACAAACACUACCACAACAACAAUACCAGCCACUGCCACAACAUUUCAUGAUGAGGAAACAUACCGUCUGGAAAGACUACAGAAGUAUGCGCUACAGGUGACCGAUCAUUUCCUGAAUCCAUUACAAAUGACAACCUUGCUCGACAUUUCCAAGCGACUACAAGAACAAUUCCAUAAUAGACUACAGUCUUGCCGGAGCUGCAUGCUGCCAUCAUGCAAUCACCAACUUCCAACAGGACGAGAACAUGGGACGUUUCUCACUAUUGACGUUGGUGGAUCGAAUUUGCGAGUAGCGCUUGUUGAAUUAUCGGGCAAAAAGGAGCAAAGCCCGGUCCGCAUUGUCCGGGUUGAGUCAUGGCAGAUUGACCAUGUCGUAAGGUCUCUUCCAGGACAUGUCUUCUUUGACUGGAUGGCAAGCAAAGUAGGAGAAAUGCUAGCCAAGGAUGGUGAUCGAUUUGGACGGGGUUCUGGAUCACCUUUACGCACUGGGAUCUCUUGGUCGUUUCCCCUCGAUCAAAUAUCACUCUGCUGCGGACUGCUCAAUACCAUGGGAAAGGGCUUUCUUGCUGCAGAAGGUCUCAUCGGGCAAGAUCUUGGAGAAUUAAUCUCUCAAGCCUGUCUGCAUCGGAAUGUGAAUAUUCAAAUCGAGGCCAUUGUCAAUGACUCCUCGGCCACUCUCUUAUCGCGAGCCUACGUUGACCAGUCUGCCCGAAUGGCACUCAUCCUCGGAACUGGCACGAAUGCUGCUAUCCACCUUCCGGUCACCUCCCUUGGGCCUGGCAAAUUUGGAUCUCGUCUCCAAGACCUUCGUCCCGAUCAACGCCAUGUUCUUGUCAACACGGAACUCAGCAUGUUUGGCAAAGGCAUCUUGCCCACGACAAGAUGGGAUGAGCAAUUGACGGCGAUGCACCCCUUGCCAGACUUUCAGCCAUUUGAAAUGCUCAUCAGUGGACGCUAUCUCGGCGAGAUUGUGCGCCUGGUCCUAGUCGAGGCUGUCCUUUCGGUUGGUCUUUUUGGCGGGCAUCUACCAAGCGGUUUCGAUCAGCCAUAUGCUCUCGACACUGCCACCAUUGCCGUAAUCGAAGCUGACGAAUCGUCGUCUCUCUCCGCUGUAGCGACCAUUUUCGAAACCCUCCAUAAAUCGCAUUUUACGUCUGAUGAUCUUCUCUUCACUCGCCAUGUCUGCCAACUCGUUUCUCGCCGCGCCGCGGGCUAUCUUGCUGCUGGUGUUCAUGCAUUAUGGUCACUGCGUAACACAGCUGAGGCAGGUUGUGUACGAACAGCGACGGUGACAACACAAAACACGCGCACAUCGAUUGCCUGCACAGGUAGCGUUGUGGAAAAAUAUCCACAUUUCCGGAGAACCUGCCAGGAAUACCUAGACCUCUUGACACCCUGUCCCGGUCUCAUCUCGCUUGAUCCAGUGCAGGACUGUAGCAUUCUCGGCGCUGCUAUCGCCGUAGCAUGCUGUGAUGCAGAGAACAGCUCAUGUUGA